AUGAAGUCCAUUUGGAUUGGAGGAAACUGGAAGUGCAACGGAACAAAGGAGAGUAUAAAAAAACUCACCGAGACGUUGAACGGACUAGAAUUCGACACUAGUAAGAUUGAAGUGGUAGUGUUCCCACCGAACAUAUAUACAUCUCAUGCCUCUUCUCUCUUGGAUUCCAAGUAUGCCAUUGGAGUUCAAAACGUUUCACAGGCCAAGGAUGGUGCCUUCACUGGUGAACUAUCCGUGAAUAUGCUCCAGGAUUGUGGAGUUGUUUCUGCGCUGGUUGGACAUUCUGAGCGCCGUACCUUGUUCGGUGACUCUGAUAAGGUUGUAGCCGAUAAGGUAAAGGUGCUGCAAGAUACUCCCAUUCAAGCUGUCGUUUGCAUUGGUGAGUCUCUUGCUGAGAGAGAGGCUGACAAAGUUUUUGAGGUUAUUACAAGGCAAGUCGAUGGAUUUAUAGGAAACGUAAAAGACUGGAGCAAAAUUGUCAUUGCAUACGAACCAGUAUGGGCAAUAGGUACCGGUAAGGUGGCCACCACCGAACAAGUUGUGGAAGCUCACAAGGUUAGUUGA